AUGGCGCCUACCGCCGCAGCGUUGGCUGCAGGAGAAGACGACGUCCCCUUGGACCCAAUCGACGAGCGCUUUCACUUCUCAUCUAUCGGCGGCGUGUACUCCGGCGCGUUUCGACUUGGACGCAAACAGGGUCAGGGACAGGAGUACACGAAUGUCGGCGUCUACGACGGCUACUUCUCGGGGAAUACGCGCUGCGGCAGUGGGAAGCUUGUGUAUGGCAAGGGAACGACUUGUGAGGGGACUUUCGAUCGUCCACAGCGACGCUACGAAUACAGCGACAAACUGCGAGGACGCGCGUACGAAUGUUCGCUGCUGAACGGUGACGACUAUCGCGAUGGAGUCGAGAGCGGCGAGGGGAUGCAUGUCACGUUCCCGGACGGCGCCGUCUACGACGGAGAGAUGCGGGACGGCGUCAUUUCUGGACUGGGGCGGUACGUGAGCUCCACGGGCGUUGUCGACGAGGGGGUCUUUGUCAACGGAGUUCUGCAUGGCCCCGCUUGCAAGCGAACUUUCCCAGACGGAUCAUUCGUUGAGGGGCCUUUCGUAGACGGCCAGCCGCAUGGACGCGGGCGCCAACGCGAGCGCCAUGACGAUGAAUACGAGGGGUUCUUCGAUGCUGGAGCUCGACAUGGUCGCGGCAUAGCUCGCUUUGACGGUGGACGCUCCAAGCACGUCGGGUUUUGGCACGAAGAC